AUGCCCGUGGACAGCGGCCAAGGUGAAUGGUUGCCUGGGCUCACCUCCGCAGGCGUCGGGGGGGGGGGCCUGCUUCCAGCAUACGUCGAAGGUCGACCCAUUAAUAGCGGCCCAUUCGAGCGUGUACCCUCAGUUUCGUUGGGCGAUGCUAUCUUUAUACAGAAUGGGGUUCAGCAGUACAUACAGCCGCUGGGUGGUACGGCAUAG